AUGGUUGCCAUUAUUACCGUCAACAAAGAUUCCAGUAGUGAACAAUCACUUGGAAAGGAUUCCGAGUCGGAAACUCAAAAGAAACCUUGGUGGAAACCUUCAUUUCUCUUUUCCAAAAAGCCUUCAUCAAAGAGCUCUCUUCUUGAACCCACACUCUAUAGGAAACGAUGGCUCGUUUUAUUUCUGUUUUCCAUGUCUAACUUUUUGUGUUCCUUGUAUCAAACGACAUUCUCUCCGAUCAGUACAAUUGCAUUGAAAUAUUGGCAAAUGCCCGAUCAGACCUGGAAAGUGAACAUGAUGACUUUGGUCUAUUUAGUGGUCUAUGUGCCCGUGUCCUCAGUGAGCUCAUGGAUCAUGAAAAAGAAAGGUUUGAGAGUUUCAAUUUUGAUCGCUUCAAUACUCAAUUUUGUUGGUGGUUGGGUUCGAUGUUUGGGAUAUAAGAAAGGAGAGGAAUUGUACUUUUGGAUUGCAUUUUUAGGUCAAACCUUGUGUGCUGUUGCUCAACCCUUGGUGUCCAAUGCUCCCACUUUAUUGUCAAACAACUGGUUUGGUGAAAAAGAAAGAACACUCGCAACAACUAUUGGAACUUUAUGUGGAAUAUUAGGGAGUGGCGUUGCAUUCGGUAUUGGUCCAGCACUUUUAGGAAUCAAUGACGGUUCAACUGCCGAAGAUGAUUGGUCUGGCUCAGAAUAUGGAAUGUUGCUUUUAUUGCUGGGACAGGCAUUACUUGCCACAUUGUUGUUGACUGGCAGUGUUGCCUUUUUCCAAGAUAAACCUCCGUCACCCCCUGUUGUUAAGGCACCAAAGGAAGCACUCAUGCCAUCGACAUCCAUUAAUGAGACAAAUCCAAACGAGGGUGUAGAACAUAUCAUUGAUAGUGAUGAUCAUCAUCGUCAUUCUUUCUGGCAUGACCUAAAAUCAGUCAUGUUGAAUUGUAAUUUUGUUACUCUUGUGUGUGCAUACUCGGUUGGAUAUUCUGUGUUACAAUCAUUUGUGGCCCUCAUUGAUCAAAUUAUUGUACCUAAAGGAUAUACUCCGUAUGAUGGAAGUGUCUUUGGAUUAACAGUGAUUGUUUUUGGUAUAUUUGGAGCACUGAUAAUUGGUAUUAUUGUUGAUAGGACAAAACGAUACAAAUUAAUUUGUGCUUGUUGUGGACUAUUCGCUACCAUUGGAUUUUCUGGUUUUGCUGUAGUGAUGUUGUGGAGGAGAACAACUCUAUUGUUCUAUAUGGCUUGUUUAUCACUUGCCGCUCUGGGUAUGUUUUCUGUUCCCACAGUUCCUAUUUGCUUGGAAAUGAGUUGUGAAGUCACCUAUCCCGUACCGUCCAGUACCUCCACGUCUAUUAUUUAUGGAGCUGGAACCAUGACAGCAGGAGUGAUUUUGGUUAUUCUAGACAUUAUUCAACAGUAUCAACUACAUUCAAAUAAUGCGAAAGUUUCAAAUAACACAUCAAUGCAAUUGAUUUUAUGGAUUGAUCUUGGAUUGUUAGGCCUCAGUUUUAUAUUCACGUGUCUCUUUAGAGGAAAAUAUAAGAGAAUGAUCAAUGAAAAGCUACACAAGGAAAGAAGUCAAGCUUACUUGGCAGGUCUUUCUCAAGAGAAUGAAGUUAGCGAAUCUUCGGCUUUAAUCCACUAA